AUGCGUAUCAGCAAUGGCAGCCGAAGGGGAACUCGCGAUCUGUGGGGAGAAAAUGCGUAUCAGCAAUGGCAGCCGAAGGAUACCGAGCGCAAAAUCGCAGAGCUCGAGCGCCAACUACAGCUUUCGGAUUGUGAUCUGAUGCACAAGCACCGAACGGAAAUCGAUGACGUUGCAGAGAGACAAUACCUGGCGCAGAAGGAAGUAAGAUCCGCGCAGGAGAACUCGCUGUGGCAUCAAAAAAAUCUGGAGGAGAUAUGUGCAGGGGAGCAAAGACUCGAUGAGAUUAGCGAGCCGUCUAAACUGAAAAAGCAAAUCGCGGACGAAUUGCCCAAUCUGAAGAGCCAGAAACGAGGGCUGACCCAAGCGGACAUAGAGCAGCUCCCGCGACGACAGCUAACUCCAAGCCCAGCGGUGGGGGAAACCGGCGAAGAAAGGAAUAUCGUUGAUCGGAUCGACGCAGAAGACCAGGCAGGGCCACAGCAGUCUAAGAAUGAAAGAACAACUUCAGUUGGAGAAACUGAUGAGCAGCAGCUGGCGUCUUCUCUCGACCCGGCCAACACGCCACCAACGAAAAGGGCAAGGAAGGCAUCGCAGCCCUAA